AUUUCGUUUCUGGGAAAAGAAAAGUCGUUUUCGAAUUCAUCCUGUCCAAGUCGCUCCCCUUCCCCCGCUGGAAUCACCGUAUCUCCUUCCAGAAGUCUCCCCGAGGGCUUGUUCUCCUCUUCCGAGGCCUGGAUUUCCCCUUCCGGCUCGAAGCUGAGGGGGGCGCAGUCCUCGGGGAGGCGCGCGGCCUCGCCUUAGCUUUUGCCUGCGCGGCGCGGACCCUCGCAGGGGCCGCGGGCCGACCCGCUCCCACCCAGGCACCGGGAAGCGCGCUCCCGACCCAGGCCGACCCCCCGCCCCGCGGCCCCAGCGCGGCAGGCCGAGCGCGCCGCGGGGCCUUGUGGGGCGCGCGGCCCGGCCCUCCCCGCGCGCUGCCCGAGAGCGGACGGAAGCCGGCGCCCGGCGACCUUCCCUUAGGCCGCCCGCCACGUCGCAGAGUUCCAGUUCCCGCGGCCCCGUCCCCGCCUGCACCGGCUUCCUGCGGGUGGAGCCCUCCAUGCUGUGCGGGGUCCCCGAAGGGACAAAAAACAAGAUGGAUAAUCAAGCAUGGUAUCUGAGAACUUCAAAGCUGGCCCUGGCCUUGGCAAUUAUCCGCUCCAAACCAGCAGACAAAAGCAGCAGAGAAUACACAGAGCAUCUUGCGAAGAUGGUGUCCGGGCAGGAAUCAAGGUGGAGAUCAAAAGUCGAAGCCUUGGAAGCUGAAGUUCUACAAUUACGUCAGAAACUUCUCCUGAGCAGGAUUUUUUCAGGAUCAUUUAAGAGUGGAGACCCAUCUUCCCAGUUGCAGGCUCAGGAACCUAAAAGUUCUGAAAAUACACCAACUCUGCUGGAAGAUUCCGGGUGUUAUUUAUCAAGUGAGCAGCAGACGCCCUCAGAGAUGCCCCAGUGCUUUGGGGAGAGCCAGAUCCCCACCCCCUUCUCAUCACUGCCCAUUGGGAGUAGACCUUGUGCUCCCCCAGAAGAGCCUCUGACUUCUCACAUGCAGUUCUUACAACAUCUGCUUGGACUGAAGAACUUGACUGAGUCAGAGUAUCUGAAAACAGACUUAAGCCACUUUGAAAAUGCCUCUGCCACAAUAUCGGAUUCUGUUUUUCAGUUGCUGGAUGGCUUGAUUGCUUUUUACCGAGCACCCAAACUUCCUUGUUCAAGCUUUUGGAUAGAAGCUAUUGAUACAUUAGCUAGACUGAUUGGUGAUUGUAACUUAUCUGAUCAUAUUCUUAGAAAGUGUUCCAAAAAGUUGGAAGAGUUUGAGAAGACCCUGCUACAGGUUAUUUUAAGAAACAACCAUAUCAAUCGGUUUCAGGUGCAGCGUUACGUCUCACAGAGUCUGGUAACCCUGGGAAGUUGCAGCUUGUUGAGAAGAUCUAUCAUAUCCCUGCUUCUGUCAGAAGUAAACAGCUUUGCUGAUGAUCUGGGUGCCAUCGACCAGGUACAAGCCAAUUAUGAUGUGGCACGCUAUGAAAAUAUGUUCUCUGUGCUCUGGGUUCUGGAGCAACUUCUUCAAAAGGAAAACAAAGAAGACAACUCUUCAAAAAUGGGGCAUGAGGAUCAAGAAAUCAAGAAAUUUCUUCAGAAGCAUGAUGAAACUGUUCUCAAACUCUCUGAUGCAUUUCCUUUAUUUACUUUUUAUUUGUGGAGACUGGGCAUUCUCUUGAACUCAGUAGAAAUAGGAACUGUUGGAAAUGACUCACUACCUUAGCAGUUUACCAAAUAAACAGAAGCAUACUAAAGUUGAAUAUAUGAAGAUCUUGUGCUUAAAUGUUUUCAAGAAUAUUUUUAAAUGAGCAUUUUAAAUGGAUCCCUAAAGACAAUCAUUAAUUUAAUUUAAUAAUCCUAAACUGUGUAUAAAAAGAUUAUGAGUCAUAUUUCUUUACUAAAAUCAGCCAGUUUCAGUUGAGAAUGCCCCCCCCUUCAGCUUAGUCCUCCGGAACUGUGUAUUGCAAUACAUUUACUCAACGCAAUCUAGCUCUGUUAUUCUCUAAAAUGGACCGUUAAUUGUCUUUCUUAUUAAAAAAUUGCAUUUUAAAAGACUUUCAAAAUGGCAACCCACUCCAGUGUUCUUGCCUGGAGAAUCCCAGGGACGGGGGAGCCUGGUGGGCUGCCAUCUAUGGGGUCACACAGAGUCAGACACGACUGAAGUGACUUAGCAGCUUAGCAGGUGCUAAAAGGUAACAGAAGAUGUCUUAUGUUUUGUUACUUCAUCAACAGAGCAUUUAUAAUAAGUGGUUAUAAAUAAGAUUUUUUUCAACUUUUUUUCUUAGUUUCACUCAUUUUCUAUUGUCUUAGAUGGGGUUCAUGCAGAAACAGAAAAGUUGUUAGCAUUUGUAAAGCUAAUGGCCUUUAAUUUCAUAUAAUCAACAUAUUUGUCAAGUCCUUUUGAAAAUACUAGUCAUUUAAAAUGUUCCAUUUGUUUUUCAACAAAUGUUUGUUUUGAUUCUGUUGAUUACAUAAAAUAUUCCUGUUACUGUUAAAAUGUAGUUAUUAUAUGUAAUUAAGUCAUUAAGUCAUUUUCACAAAUUCCAACAUCAGUCUAGAAAUAUACUUUAUAUUUAUUAAAAGUAUAUUUAUACUUAUUUAAAGUAUUGGUUGGAUUUCUCAGUUACACACUUUCAUUGACAUUGUCAGUUAUUAAAAUUAUAACCAACUAACUUAAUUAGCAUACAUUAGAUACUUUCGUGUAGUGCAAUUUAGCAAAUACAGCAAAUACAAAUUUGCUUUAUUGAUUAUAUGUGAUAUUGUUUCAUAAGUUAGUUACCUUUCCUGAAUGUCAUUGGUAUUUUACAAAAUCAUUAUUAUUACCUGAUACAUAUUUGUGGAGUUAUUUCUAUCUUUCUACAAAAAAUAAAACCUUUUUUUGGUAAUACUGAAACAAAAUCUUAUCAGUCAACUUUAUUGUAUAACAAAGAAUCACUAAGUCUUAAUGUUAUACAGCAAUAAAUGUUGCUUUCUCAGA